AUGAAGAAAACUAAUGCUUUGAAAUACAUAGGAGUAUUGCUUGUAUGGCUAUUGUUUCUCAAGCCUUCUGUGGGUAGUCAUUUUACCGUGUGGUCAGGGCCUGGGUGUAAUACCCAGGCAUUCCGUUACAGUGAUUGUGGGUGUUCCAACUUUUCAUUCCAGGCAGGAUAUGAGUUUGUAUACGAAGGACAAAGUGCCUUUGUUUAUAGUGCUCCGAGUUGUCAGGGCACAGCAGAUGCUCAGUUUGAUAACAGUGCAAGCGGCUGCACUGGUAUUCCCUGGAGUAGCGUCUUCAUCCAGUGCUCAUAA